AUGCAAGCACAGUUGUUGGAGAUGCAGCGAAAGCAUGCAGAGGAGAUUGCAGCACUGAGGGCCCAACGAGGUCGUCAUGAGCAAUCCGCCCAGCAUUCGAUGUCGACAGCCAACCGAAAUCACAACCACGAGAAUGAUAAUGAAGCAAGUCAUAAUCACACCAACCCGAACGGUCGUGGAAGAAGGGAACCAACGCCCUUGCAAACCGUUCAGCCUACCAAUUUACUUUCGUUCACAAUGGCCAUCAUGCAGACUCCUAUACCGGAAAAAACUCCUCCUGCAAUUGAUAAAUAUGAUGGUUCAACUGAUCUGGAUGAUCACCUAAGGACGUUCGGUAACGCAAUGACAUUCUAUACAAACAGUGACCCGGUCAUGUGUAGAGCCUUCUCAUUAUCGCUCAAGGAAGAGGCAUUGGAAUGGUACAACACUCUUCCUCCCAAUAUAGUGGAUUGUUUUGCCAUUGUAGAAACCCUCUUUAGGAGACAAUACACAGGCAAUCAGAGACAAGAGUUGACAUCGGCAGAACUAGUAAAUACUAAGCAAGAGAAGGAGGAAACCUUAAGGGCCUUUAUAAAAAGAUAUAAUGAGACCGUACGUCGAAUAAAAGAUAUAAAUCACACCUUCACCAUUAGCAAUUUGCCUUCCUGCCUGAGGUCAGGAUCCUUUGCUAAAAAUUUAUACGCAUGGCCUCCUAAAACUAUGGACGAGCUCCAAGAAAGGUUGGCUGAGUUUAUUCGUAUUGAGGACAUGAGGAGCUCAAGGGAAAAACGACAACAAAAAGCUUCUGCAAGCGGAAUUAGAAAGGACGACAGACGAUCGUUCGACGGCAACGACAAGGGAGGAGAUCCUCGACUAAAGGACUUCCCCCGAGCGCCUAAAUUUGAACAUUACACAGCUGUUAAUGCACCCAGGGCAAAAAUCCUUGAGGAAGCCCUUAGUGUUGAACUUCUUUCGGUCAGAAAGCUUCAUUCACCUAAAAAUGUUGAUGGAGGAAAGCACUGCCAAUACCAUCAAAACCUGGGACAUACUACCAAAGAGUAUGUAACACUCAAAGAUAAGAUCAAAGAACUUAUUCGUGCGGGUCAUCUCCGUAGAUACGUGAUGGAGGAACGACCGCAGAUAAGAAGCCCAUCAAGAAGAAGAUCUCCACGGAGACAUACGCGAAGCAGCAGUCACAAUCGCAGCCCUGAUCGCUCGGCUCGGGGACAUAUCAACUAG